AUGCUGAAGAUGGACCAUGCGAACGUGACCCAGGCCGUGCUGGCCGAUGACUCCCGCCUGGCGGAGAAGAGCAACGGCAACGAGUACUUCUACAUUCUGAUUGUCAUGUCCUUCUAUGGGGUCUUCCUCAUUGGCAUAAUGCUCGGCUACAUGAAAUCCAAGAGAAAAGAGAAGAAGUCCAACUUGCUUCUGCUCUACAAAGACGAGGAGAGAGAAUGGGGGGAAGCUGUGAAGCCUCUACCAACCAUAUCGGGGCUGAAGUCCGUCCAGAUCCCCAUGAUGCUGAACAUGCUGCAGGAGAGCAUGGUGCCGUCCCUGUCCUGCGCCAUCUGCUCCAUGGAAGGCAGCAGCGUGAGUUCCGAAUCCUCCUCCCCAGACGUCCACUUCACCAUCCAGGAGGAAGUGCUGGAUGCUGAACUGGGGGAAGUGUCAGAAAUGCUCCUCAACGAGAGCAGCGAGGGAUCUGCAGAAAACCUCCACAAGAACUCCUAGCAUUUGCAGAGCUCCCUUGAACAGCUGCCAACACAGGAAUGGAGCUCCCACUGAGAACUUGUGGUUCUGCUUUCCUGCUCUCCAAUGAACUCUGAACAGGGACCUGUGCCCCUAGGCCUGAGGCAUUCCUCAGAGCUGGCAGGACAAGGAAGAAGUGAUACUCAACUUCAUCAUGUAACUUGCACAUCAUUGGGAUGCUUAACUUUCAUGUUUCCAUUAUUAUUUCUUACCAUAAGAGCAAAGAAGGAGGAGAAUGCAUUUUCUAAUGAGGUAACUGUUAUUGACAUGUCUCUGCAUAUUCUGGAGCUCUGCAAAUGUGUGGG